GGUGCGACGGCCGAGAUGGAGGAAGCAGACUUUCACGAUGUUUUGGACGACUGGUUCCUCGAGUCCCUGAAGACGUACAAAGACCUCCACGUGUACCAGCUGGAGCAUCCCACCCAGGUCCUGGAGUGGACGUCAGCGAAGACCGUGUGUGUGGCCGGACACGCUUCUUCUAAAAAUGAAAUCCUGGAGCUGCUUUUACCGCUGAAGCUUUUCGCCGAUGAGAAUAAAGGUCUCUGUGCAGAACGGGACUUCAAAGUGGUCCACGGUGGGUUCACGGAGGGUCCGGUCCGCUGCCUCACACACGUCCCGGGCUCACGGUGUGUCGUCACCAACGACGGGCUGAGCUCUGACCUGCAGGUGUGGAGCGUCGGAGGAGACGACAGCGACGUGAUCCGGCUGACGGGCCGCGUGGAGGGGAGGAAGAGGAGGAAGACCACGAAGAGUGUUUCCGGAGGAGGCUCGAGGAUCGCAGCUCGAGUCUCGUCUCAAGUCCUUCACGGCGCUCACAGCGGCGACGUGCAGCUGACUCAGCUGACCUCGGGUCAGAUCCUGUACGCGCUCGAGACGACCUCCAACGACCCUCUGAGCUCGCUACAGUUCCUGAGCGACGCCGUUUUCCUCGCCGGCGCCGCCAGCGGGAACGUCUACGUGGCCGACACGCGGACGGCCGCCGCCCCUCAGCUCCACCCGGCGCCGCCGCCGGCUUCUCCGGGCGCCGCCGCCCUCUGGUGGACGGCCGCGUCCCCCCGCGGCGUCCUCAGGCUCUCCUCGUCCGGCCAGGCGGAGGUCUCGGACCUGAGGAGCCCCGGCGCCGCCGUGAGUCGGGCGCAGCUCAACGUCCAAUCGGGUCGCAGCGACCCGGCGGUCGGCGUGUCGUGGGCGCCGGCGCUGGACGGCCGUGUGGCGGUGUCGGGUUUCGAUGGCGGCGUUCAGAUCUACGACACGGCGCUCUGGACGGCGGCGCCGCGGGACGUGGAGCCGCUGUUCGAGCACCGCGGCCACGCCGUCUCCUCGCCGCCCGGCGUCUUCGUCGCCGCCCACGCGUGGCACCCCGAGCGGCCUCGGACGCUGCUGUCCGCGGCCUCGGACGGCUCCGUCCACGUGUGGGACUGGGUCGACCAAUCGGCUGCCGGCUGCUGACGGGGGGCGGGGCCAUGUUGUUGUAAUACUGUAAGCGUUAUGUAGAACAUUUAAAUAUCAUUUUAUAAAAACUGUCAGACUUC